GUCUGAAGAUGGGCGAUAAUUGAUAUCAGUCUCGAAUUAGCGUUUUGCCAUAACACCUCCUAGUCGUGUGCCCUCAGCAGCUCCCAAAAAGCUUUUCCGUUUAUCCAAAAUGUUCAAACUGGUAAUUGUCUCAGCCUUGGUUGCGUUGGCCACCGCCCAGAAUCCUCAGGAUGCCCAGGCCACCAUCCUGAACCAGGACUCCGUCAUCAACCCAGAUGGCUCGUAUCAGUACCGAUAUGAAACCAGCAACGGAAUCCAGGCCCAGGAAAGCGGCGUCGGAGGACAAUCAGCUCAGGGUGGAUACUCCUACACCGGACCAGAUGGCGUCCAGUACUCGGUCCAAUACGUUGCCGAUGCCAACGGAUUCCAGCCACAGGGAGCCCAUCUGCCCGUAGAUCAACCUGCCCCGGAACAUGUCCUCAAGACCCUGGAAACGAUCCGUGCCAACCCACCCAAGGAUGACCCCAACUUCCGUUUGGACUUUUUGGAGGCUGCCAUCAACCGGCUGCGCGGUUAAAUUUCACUCGCACACUGAUCAUCGAUUGACACACACCAACACACAUUAAAAAAUACACAGAAACAUUCGCACCCACCCACACACACACACACACUAACACCGCUAAAUACUCAGAAACACGUGAGAAUUACGCUCACGUUAUACUACCUUUUACCUGUGUAGCUACUUAGUGUAUUAGCCAAGUUACCAUCUGUUGUAAAUAGAAUUUAUUGAAUUAUCCUAUUCUUUUAUGAAUUUCUCCCCCCCCCCCCCCCCCCCUUCUGAACACACACUUUCUCACUCUCCUAAUACACUGAAUACAUUCGAUAGGGGAAGUAAAACUCUCAAGGAAGCCGAAUAGCGGAGAAGCUGUGCAGUAUUCUACAGUCUUUCGAAUCUUUUACACGUACCUACCUUUUUGUAAGUAAGGUUAAAUCUGAAACCUCGAGUAGCAUCAAAUGCUACGGCAGACGUCAGCGCUGUAGAGUAAUGUGAAAUGUAAAAUAAAUGUUUGAAAAAAAAAUCAAA